AGAUGUUUCUGCUGCGGAAACAGCAGUUGCAGUGGUAGAAACGCCAGCCGCAAUCGCUACAGCAGCGGCAGCAGCAGAAAAAUAUUAUGAGGAUAAAAAACAGAAACACUCAUGUUGUCGAGACUUCCGCCCGUUGAUGAAACAGAAGCAGCAGAAAUAGCAGCGGCAACAGCGGCAGAACAAAAGAAUUAUGAGGAAAAAAAAAAUAAGUAUUUAUAGAUAAGUAAACUAUAUAUAUUUACUGUGCAAGUAAGAAUAGGCAAGUAAUAUUGUUUUCUCUUUCUAGUAUUCGGUAUAGCGGAAACACUCGUAUUGUCGAGGCUGGCUGACACUGACACUAUGGAAGAAGAAAAAGAAACCUCAGGCAACUCAAAAGCAUCCGGGAGCCGAGGAAUCUCAAAGGACAAAGAAGAAGAAGAAGAAGAAGAAGAGCACCGGAAGGGAGGCAGACCAUACAUAAGAAAGAAAAAGAAGAAGAACAGCAGGUCUUACCAUGGAGAAGAUGGUUACUUUGAACAGGAUAAUAUGGAUGGUUACCAAGGCCGGAUAUGGGAAUGUGAGAGGUCAGAAUUGUCAAGAUUUGGAUCUGGAGAAGGAAUGAGAAGGAGCUUUAGUGAAGAAGGUAACAGGGAUCUCCACAGCCAUUGGGAAGGAGGAAGUAUUGGUGAUGGUGAUAAACUUUGCUACAGCGACGAAGAUCUCGAUAACAGUAUCUCUGUUGACGACAGUUGGUUUCAGACAAAAAAAUGCGCCAGACUCUACUCCUGUAAUCAGCUUUGCAGAAAGUUGGGAGGCAUGGCUUAAACAAAGUGCCAACAGCAAAGAAGAUUGUGUUCCAUUUGAGUGGCUCUUGAAUGAUAACACAAGCAACGAUCAUAGCACAAUGUUUUACUCCCUGAAGUAUUGUGAUUCAUGUGAAAUUUAUUUCACCAAUAAUUACGAUUUCCAACAACAUUUAAAACUUUGCAGAAUUUAUCCAAUGUGCAAAGUUUGCAAAAGGUCCUUCAGUAACCGUGCAGACCUGCAUAGGCACAUCAGUGUCAGCCAACAUAAAGUUGUGGCCAAGGAAGACUGGAGGAGAGUGUCAAAGGCAGAGUAUAUUAGUCUGUGUAGAGAGGGCAGAGUUUUUACAAGUGAAUACCUUUCUGUGAAGCAGCAUCUGAAUAAUAGCGAAAAUAGGCAGAACAGUCAAGG